AUGGAGUAGGUUUGGAGACCACAAAAGAUCGUGCUCCAAAAAUGGAGGGUCACGAUCACUCACAAUACGCACACUACCACAUGUGUUCUUCCCCAUAACGUCUCAAAGUAGAGUAUGCUAUCUGGACAACUCAGUUCUAUAAUUUUUUCCUUAAAAAAAAGUUCUAUAAUUUUCCCUCCAAACAAACACCAAUUAGCCAUGGAGGGAGGGAAAGCCAAGAUGAAAUCACCUGCUAUCACUCUCGAUCAAUUUGUCUCCAUCAUGGCUCCUCUUAUUGACAUGGAAAAGGAAGCUGAAAUAUCAGCCUCAAUAAGCACAGGCGCAACCAGAAAUUUAGAGACUGCCCAAAAGAAAGGCUCAACAAUCAUCAACUUGAAAUGUGUGGAUGCUCAGACAGGGUUAAUGGGAAAAACUCUUAUUGAGUUUCAGUCUAAUAAAGGAGAUGUUCUUCCUGCUCACAGGUUUAGUACGCAUGAUGUGGUUGUUAUGAAGCCAAACAAGGCUGAUAUAGGAACCCCUGCUCUUGGACAGGGUGUUGUUUACCGAUUAAAGGAUUCAUCAAUUACGGUUGCUUUCGAUGACAUCCCAGAAGAGGGGUUAAAUAGUUCUUUGCGGCUAGAGAAGGUGGCAAAUGAGGUUACUUAUGGUAGGAUGAAGGAUGCCCUAAUACAAUUGAGUAAAGGCAUACAGAGGGGUCCUGCUUCUGAUCUUAUCCCUGUCUUAUUUGGAGAAACACCUCCGGCAGUAUCCAAGAAGGACCUCACAUUCUGCCCCUUUAAUUCUAACUUGGAUCAUUCUCAGAAGGAAGCAAUUUCAAAGGCCCUGGCAUCAAAGAACGUAUUUUUGUUGCAUGGCCCUCCUGGAACGGGGAAAACAACAACAGUGGUGGAAAUAAUCUUGCAAGAAGUGAAACGCGGAUCAAAGAUUCUUGCAUGUGCUGCUUCAAAUAUUGCUGUUGACAACAUUGUUGAGCGACUUGUUCGUCACAGAGUAAAGUUGGUGAGAGUGGGCCAUCCUGCACGCUUACUACCUCAAGUAUUGGAGAGUGCUUUGGAUUCUCAGGUUCUACGAGGGGAUAAUAGUUCUCUAGCUAAUGACAUCCGGAAGGAAAUGAAGGCUCUAAAUGGGAAGCUGCUGAAAACCAGAGACAAAAAUACAAGGAGAGAGAUCCAGAAGGAGCUUAGAACUCUUUCCAAAGAAGAGCGUAAAAGGCAGCAGCUAGCUGUGACAGAUGUUAUUAAAAACGCAGAUGUCGUGUUAACAACUCUGACUGGAGCUUCUUCUCAUAAGCUGGAUAGAACUUCAUUUGAUUUGAUCAUUAUCGAUGAAGCUGCUCAGGCCCUUGAGAUACAAUGCUGGAUAGCUCUAUUAAAGGGUUCAAGAUGUAUACUUGCAGGGGACCAUCUUCAGCUUCCUCCAACCAUCCAAAGUAUUGAAGCAGAAAAGAAAGGUUUAGGUAGGACCCUGUUUGAACGCCUUGCGGACAUGUAUGGAAAUGACGUCAUGUCCAUGCUCACUGUCCAGUACCGAAUGCAUGAGCUUAUAAUGGAUUGGUCAUCUAAAGAACUUUACAACAGUAAGGUUAAAGCCCAUUCAAGUGUUGCCGCGCAUAUGCUUUACGAUCUUGAGGAUGCAAAGAAGACCUCUUCCACAGAACCAACUCUUCUUCUCAUAGAUUCAGCUGGUUGUGACAUGGAAGAAAAGAAGGAUGAAGAAGAAAGCACAUUGAAUGAGGGUGAAGCUGAGGUUGCCAUGGCCCAUGCAAAGCGACUUGUUCAAAGUGGAGUUCAGGCUUCUGAUAUUGGAAUUAUUACUCCUUAUAAUGCACAGGUUGUCUUGCUGAAAAUGAUGAAAAGCAAUGAUGAAAAGUUAAAGGAUUUGGAAAUUUCAACAGUUGAUGGGUUCCAAGGUAGGGAGAAGGAAGCGAUCAUUAUUUCAAUGGUUCGAUCAAACUCAAAGAAAGAGGUUGGAUUUUUAAGUGACCGUAGGCGAAUGAAUGUGGCCGUGACACGAGCAAGAAGGCAGUGCAGUCUUGUCUGUGACACCGAGACUGUAAGUAGUGAUGGAUUCCUGAAACGAUUAAUCGAGUAUUUCGAAGAACAUGGUGAGUAUUCAAGUGCCUCAGAAUAUAGCAAUGAAUAAUAAUUGAAGUUUCAUUGGUUGUUUUUUAUGAUUCAAGAGAGUAAGUCGCUGAGGAAUAUGGUUCCUUAACACCUCCAAAAGGCUCCUGGUUUUGAUUUUUUAGGACUUGUUUUGACAUGUUCUGUAUGCGAUUUUCAAUUACAAGAUAGGAAUUAAAUGUAGAAUAAUUAAUUGACAUGCCAAGUUCUUGCUAGGACUGCUUUUCAAAAUGAAAAAAAAAAGUAGCUAAAAGUGUUUAUGUACUUUUUUAAUUAUUUUAUUAUAAAAGAAAUAAUUGAAUUGAAAUUGAGAUGUCAACAAUUUAACAUGA